AUGCUAUGGCAAAUACAAGGGAAUAGCGACUGGUCGGGUUUUGGACAAGCGAGCGGCGCGCUCGCGGCCGGCACCAUUGCGUCUCCGUGGAGCGCGGCGGCCGGCGCGCCCGAUACCAAUGGCUCGGGCGGCGCCGACGCCAAGCACCUCGACGUCGGAGAUGCCAGCGACGAUGAAAAGGAUAUGUCAGCGGCAGAUGCGGAGGGAGUAUGGAGUCCAGAUAUCGAGCAGAGCUUUCAAGAGGCACUGGCGAUAUACCCACCUUGUGGAAGACGGAAGAUCAUUCUAUCGGACGAGGGCAAGAUGUACGGUGAGUUCGAGCAUGCUAGAUGA